UGUCGGAGAAGUUUCAUCAGAACUGCCCUCUCUCGGAGACUCUCAGGGACUGCGCUACCUCCUCGGACCCGAGUCCUUUCUCAUGGUGGACCGUUUUCCUACCUUGGAUGGGUAGCAUGAGCACAUGGCACCAGAAGCAUCGGGAUUUUGUCGAUUUUGACUCGGACAAGCUCGGACAUCAUGUCUUCAGUGAGGGUCCUUCCUGAGCCGGAUGCAUUCCUGCUUCUCGCAGAUGUGGAGGCCGCCCAGGCAAGUUCGUGAACGGCCUUCAUCGUCGAAUCUGUCUCUGCAGGCCGUCACGAGCAAUACAGCCUGCUCCCCUAAGCCUCUCUAUCAGUACAAGAUCCUCACCUUCCUUCAAGUUGUAUUUUGCCUCUUCCUUGGACAAUACAGGUCUUCAAGCAGCGUACCGGACUCGGAGUUGCGAGGACGUUUUGGAGAGCGGGCAGCUCGGUUGGUGGGAACUGCCAAAAAGGCAGCCACCGCAUUUGCUUCCCUUCCACGCGCGUCCGAUCUAGUUGUACCUAUAUCCCAUGUCUUCAAAAUACACUACCAGAAGAGCAGUGUAGGCCUAGGCUUUGCGAAAUUGUCGAUGACCAACGGACGCCAUGUGUGUGGCUCAUGAAUAUCCCGGCGUUUUAUCGGCGCGAUCGCAUCCUGCUGGAUACGCCCAAGCUGUGUGGUACGCUUUAAAUUUGCCUUUCUGUGCGACGUUGCGGCGUUCGAGCGCAAGGUUGCUCAUGGUACAUGGCUUUGUUUUUGACGGGGCCUCGGAUGCUGGGCCGACGGUGGAUAC